CUUCGUGUUAGUUAACAGCCUCAUUGCAGUGUGAGCUGAAGUUACCAUCGCUGUGCUGGGGAAGGUAGGCCGGUUACCAGUUGUUUAACGCUGGAUUCGAGACGAAUUGUUUCUGGCCGUUGAUUCUUUGACGUUGGGUCGUCAUCAUGUUGACUUGCUGGUUCCUGCUGGUGUUGAUGUGUGCAGUGACCUGGGGGGAGGAGUUGUCUUGUACCACCGUUGAUGCUGGUGCCACUCUCUGCUGCCCCGAGCACCUCGCUCAGGAUGCUGCAGAAAAGAAAUUAAUUGUGAGAGAUAGAUGUGUACAGUACCUUCCCCGGGAGUCACUGAAGCUGGCAUCCAGCGCUCUCAAGAAGGAAGAAGUCUUGGCUCUCUGGGAACUUCUUAAAGAAACUACCAUACAAAACUCCGAUGAGUCGAGCGGAUGCUGCUGUGAGGAGACCAGAGCCAUCACCUUGCCAGUUCAUGUUGCCACAACCACAGGAGAGACGUACAAAAUAGUGCAGGAUGUGUUAGGCUACAUGCAGCCCGUCCUGGCUCGCUCCUGCAGGCAACCUUCUUGUACUACGGUGGUUCCAGGCGGCAGCACAAGAAGAGCCUUGUGCUCACAGAAAAUGGGAACACGGGAGUUGUAUGCUGAAGACCCUUUGAAUGAAAGUGUACUUAAACUAGUCAAUGCAUUGGUGACAGAUGGAUGUCGGUGUGUGGCGUCUGGAGCCUCAACAGCUGUACCAGAGACUGACCCUAUAAUUGAUGCACUAGUUGUUCCUAAAGUCUCCACUUGGGUGGAUAAGGAAUUAACGGUAUUAUUUGAAAAAUCCUUCCCUUCAAAUUCCUCGGUUGAGAAAGCUUUAACCUCUUUCCUUUCAUCAUUCGGUAACAUGUUUAUUAAUAUUAAUGAAACUCGCGAACAUAUCUUAAAACAUGAAGCUCAGAAGAAUGUUAAUUUCUCACCUGCCGUAGAUCUUGGCGUCACAACGGAUUCUACUGUAAAUCUCGAGAGAGAAAUGGACAACGAUCACAGAAUUGACAUGAUAGAUGAUCCUGGCAGUAAUAGUGAACUUAAUACAGAAAAAACUGAAUUUGAUCUGGAAGAAGCAGCUAAGUUUAUGGAUGCACUGGAGGCCUCCAUACCUGAACCAUCUGUAAAACUGACUGCUGAUCCUUCCUCCAGCAAUGCCACACUUUCACUACUACUACAGAUGAAGAAACAGCUAGAAAAAUUAAAUUUUGUCAAGAAGUUUAUAAAUAUGCUACUUAAGAGAAGGGAAAACCUACCUUCGUUACGAAUGGCAGGUAAUGUGGAGGACCCCAGCAGAGAGGAGUACCUACUUCUGGAUACGGACGAGGAAGGUGGCUACUCUGGUAAUUUUAUGCCACUUAAUUUGAACGUGGAAAAUGUAAAUGGCGGUCAUGAUUCUCAACAUUUUGGAAGUCCAUCAAAAGGUUAUUCUAUUUCUUUAAUGGUGAACUACCUCGUGCGUGAAAUGUGGGAAGAAUCUUGUGUUGUGCCAGAACCAGUAAACCAAAUUAUGAACAUCUUGUCUGCCAGGAUGGAAUGGUCUGAUGCAGAGGCUGAUAUGGCAUUAUUCUCAGGGGCUCUUGUCUCUGCUGUUUACAGCUGCUUUCAAGGUGAUCUUAAGACCUCCGUAGAGGAUGGUACUCUAGCAAAAAUAGUAAUUACCAGUGUGAAGGUGGCACACCUCAUGAAGAGCCACUUGCACCAACUUGACCAGAUUCUGUUGGCUGCUGUGGAAUCUGUAGAGGCGAGGCAGAGUAUAGAGCUUCUCGAGUGGGCGUCUGGCAGACUAGCGAAGGGAAGACGUCUGAACAAUGGAAUCUAUAUUCCAUAUGUCGGUAAGAGAACCACUACUAAAGAAUCCACGGAGAAAACUGACAUUAAUUAUCCUGCUACUUACGUCACUGAACUUCCAUUCUAUGAAAUGGAAGAUGGUAUACAGGAAGAGGCGGCAGGCAUAGAUUCUAAGUCAGCCGAAACCUUUAUGGAAGACCCUUCACAUAAGCUAAAGAUUGUUGGAGGAACAGAGGAGACCAGUGCUUCAAGAAAAUUUGAAACUCUUUCCCCUACAAAAAAUACGGAGGUAAAAGUAGUAAGCCGCACCACUGAAAAAAUGGGGAAAGUAGACCCAGCCAUUAGGAAGCUUUCUACCACAGCUAAAACCAUUGUAGAGUUGCCAGACAGAGCUAAUAUGCUGAAUGGUGGAAACGGAACUAAUUCUUUUGGAGCACGAAAAGAGAUUCACCCACUUGAGGAAAAGGUGGAACGAAGUGAAAGCCUCACAGAGGAAAGAGAGAAACUAGUCAACAUUCCUGCAGCAGUGCCAACGAAAAAGAGCACAGCUUUCACUACUGUAGAUAUUGCAGACUCUGGCAGUACUACUAGUACACAAAGAUCAAGGACUAACAUCCCCCGGCCCACAGAGAAAGCAAAGACAAUCAGCACCACUACACAGAAAGCUAUGAACACCACACAAACAGAAAUAACUAGUAGCCCAAGGACCACAAAGAAAGUGGCCAGCACCACAACUAGCUCCACUGAGGAAAUAAAGACGGUUGUGAAAAGCACCACAGUGGAAGCCAAUAAUCGUGUUGGUAGGAAAGAAUUCAUUCCAGAGACGAACACUGGUACUACAGUACAAGUGAAUACUGAGAAUAUUGAAAAAAUAGAGGAAGAGUCCGAUAUUCCUGAUUCCUCUGAAACUAAUGGUAAGAGUAAUUCAGAAACUAAGUUGGGCGUAGAUGAAGAGAACGGCACAACUGAUACCUUCGAGAAAGCAGAUACAGAGGCGAAUGCUAACAAUGAAAAAAAUGAUGCCACAGAGGAAGCAGACACGGAGAUAACUGUUUGCAGAAUUGAAGUGAUAAAGAAUAAAACCUUCACUGAUAUUUUAGUUGAGAUGGAUGAAAGCACUGAAGAAACUGGUAACACAGAGGAAGAAUCAAAGAUCCGUUUUGGCACAGAAAAAGUCGCCAGUAUUGAUACAACAAAAGAGGCAGAGAGGAAGUUGGCUAUUGGCAGGUCUGAGGCACCAGAUACAGAGGUCACCAGUACCACCACUGUUACUUUUGAAGAUGGUGGUGAGGAUGAAGAUGGUGGUGAGGAUGAAGAUGGUGGUGAGGAUGAAGAUGGUGGUGAGGAUGAAGAUGGUGGUAGAUGA